AUGGCACGGCUCUCGGGUCUACAGCGAGAUGUGCUCUCUCUAUACAGACAGUGUCUCCGGGAGAUUCGCAAGAAACCUAUUGAAUCACAACCCAAUUUCAAAACUUAUGCCCGGUAUGUCUUGUACCCUGCACGCUUCAUUCCUGCUCAUCCUUGGGCCAUCGGAAGCCUCCGACUAACCGGCAGACGUGGGCGGCGAAGCGCGGAAUUCCAAAAGCACCUCUCGGUGAAUAAGAAAGACUUUAGUGCGAUAGAGUAUCUCUUGCGAAAGGGCAAUCGUCAGCUCGAGAUGUAUGCUUCACCGGGAAUUCGCAAUAUCCGAUGA